AUGGCCACUGAAUCUGCUGCCACAGAAGUGUUGGAUUUUUCCGAACAAUUACAAGAUGUUGAUGAAAAUGAAUUGAAAAUGAGUGAAAAUCAGAGUCACGGAAUGCAAAAAGAUGAUGAAUUUUUAAAUGAUCAAAUAAUUUCGGAAUAUAAACAAUUAAUUGAUAAGGAAAUUAUAGAAAAGAUGAUUAUUGAAAAAUCAUCAUCAAUAGAAAUGAAAAAGGAAUUUUUUGAACAAUUAUUCGAUGGAAAAUUUGUAAAAGCUCUCAAAAUGAUUGUUUUUAAGGAAUUUCAAAAGCCAUACAGUGGAGUUAAAAUGUCAGAGAAGAGAUUUCAAUGGUUUGGAAGUACGACCUAUCAUUGCUUUUUAGUGAGUGAUUUAAUUGAUUGGAUUGGUACACAGUUGCAUCUCAAUGAGAAGGAUUCAAUGAUUUUUGUAAAUAUUAUGAAUGUUUUGGGAUGGAUUGGACAUGCACAAUCAUCAAAUAGUACAACGAUAUCAAAGAGUGAUAUUUUCAAGAUUUUACAAAAACCCAAAUUGGUUUUAAUUGGAGGAGGAAUGAGCGGUUAUAAGAUUUGUAAGAGUAUUCUGAAUGAAAUAUUCGAUUUAACAGUUAUUGAUAAGGAGGGAACUCUUGAUUUGGUUCCAAUUUAUCCAACAAUUAUUUCUGAUAAGAAUAAUGUUAAUCAUAUUUCAGUAGAUCACAAAAAAACUCUCCCAGAAACAGUGACUUGUAUUAAGGGAAUUGCAACCAAUGUCACAAAGUUUGGAGUUUUUUUUGAAACUAAGGAAAUAAUCAAUGAGAAUGAGGAUGUUAGAAAAAUAAGUAAGCGAGAGAAUACCUACUUUAUCAGAUAUGAUUAUCUGGUAGUUGGACCUGGAUGUACUUGUUGGAAUGAGUUACCAAUUAGUAAUGAUUCCCAAAUCAAAUUUGUAAAUACAUAUUGUGCUGAUAGCUUGGUAGAAUCUCAUGAAUUCAUUUCAAAUGCUAAAGAACAUGCAGAUGAAAUAUGUGUAAUUGGUGGAGGUUAUGUUGGUGUAGAAGUUGCUGGAUUCCUAGCUGAAAAAUAUCAAAAGAAAAAUGUCACUCUGAUACAGAGAUCUGACAUUUUGAUGCGUCCAUCCACUGAAGCUCACAAAUCAGUCUCUGAAAUUUACAAAACAAUGGGUAAUGUUAAGGUGCUACUCAAGAGCCAAGUUGUAGCUCAGAAAGAUCCAUACACCUUCACUGUACGCACAAAGAGUGAGAGUGGUGAGGAGACGGAAUCAAAUUUAAGCUUCUCAGUGUGCUUUAUCUGUACAGGUAUGAAACCUCAAACAGAUUUUAUGGAGUCAACCUUUUCCAAAUGUUUGGAUGAGAAGGGAUUCGUGAAAGUCAAUCCAAGCAUGCAAGUACUCGAUGAAAAUGGUAAACCUUACAAUCAUAUCUUUGCAAUUGGAGAUGCCACCAAUGUUAAGGAAACUAAACUUGCUACUUGUGCUCACAAACAUGCAAAAACCGUUUAUCAAGCUCUUCCACAAAUUAUUCAAUCCAUUUCGCAAGAUUCCAUUCCAACCUACAAACCAAGAGGAUAUGAACAAUUGCAGGGAGUUAUCAUUGGACCUAAUAAUGGCCUUUGGAUAAAGGGAAAUAGUGUGCUUCUCAACUCUAAGGCAAUUGCUUGGAUGAAAGAGAGCGGCCAAGCUGCUAAAGGAAGAAGAAUGAAUAAACUGUAA